CUUCGUUUUUCUUACCCUCUAACACAAUGCAGGAUAAUUUGCACCUUCUUAAUAAUGAAAGUGGUUAUGCCACUAACGUCUUUGCUGAUAAAGAAAGUCAAAUGGUCAAAGUGUGUGAACACCUUGAACAACUCGGCUUCCUUCCUAAAGAAUUAGUCAAGAACGAAGUGUCCUGGUUUUAUAGCAAUUUGAAUAUCGAUGACUACUACUUUGCUCUCGAAAGUGUUGAAACCAUCGCUAACCACAUUAUGGCUCUUUAUGGUGCUAAGAUCUUGGCCUAUACCAAGAAUGAAAAUGUCCUUGACAUUAACUUGCAAAAGGAAUCCGAAGAUGCUGCUGUAUAUAUUCAUUCUUCUCAACCCGGUGUAUCUCAAAUCUAUGGUCCUCAGCAUGAAAAGACAAUUGACGAAAAGUUCUUGGAUAUCUCUACCCCCUCUGAAGCUUAUCGUGUUGAAUCCUACCGUUCUAGCUCUAAUGGUGGUGGUCUGCAGUCUCAACUUCGUAGUUACUUUGUUACCAAGUGUGAAUUUGAAAACCCUACUCCUUCUCCUGAACAAGAAACAGAUAUUAAACAAGUCAGUGACAAGAACUUCUUGAAGAAGGCCACUGAACACACCCUUAAAGUCUAUGAAGAAGUUAUGCAAAACGCUCUUCAACGUACCGGUCCUGUCAUUGAAAUGUAUCAGGUAAAGGGUUCUCGUGAACGUCGUUUGAUUAUUGGUUAUCGUCAAAGAAGCACAAAGGGAUUCUUCUCUGCCAUUUCUGACUUGUACCACUACUAUGAUUUAUACUCCACUCGUAAAUAUGUUGAACAAUUCUCUAAUGGUGUCACUAUCAUCGGUCUCUACCUUCAUCCCAUUCCCAACUCCAAGUCUGCUCCUAUUGAACACACUAUUUAUCAAGUCAUGAAGGAAGCCUCUCUCUUAUACUGUCUUCCCAAGACUCCUCUUCAGCAAUAUUUCCAAACCAGCAAGCUCUCUGUUCAAGAAAUGGUCUAUGGUUAUGUCGGCUGGAUCUUUGCUCAACAUUUCUUGAAUCGUUUGGGUAAAGAAUACUUGAGCUUGACCUCUAUCUUGGAUCGUGCCAACCCUGUUCACGAAGAAGUCUUGUCCAAGUUGAAGAAGCGUUUGCGUACUGAUACUUUCACUCGUGAAUAUAUUCUCGAUAUCAUGAAGAGAUAUCCCGAACUUCUCAAGAUCUUGUAUGCCAACUUUGCUACUGUUCACUAUGUCAACCAACGUGAAGCUUCUCUUGAACCCACCAUCUCCUACCAACGUUUGAACAACAUUGAAAUCUUGUCUGUUGAAGAUAUUAGCAAGAAGAUCAAGUCUAUGACCUCCAAUGCUCACGAACAAAUUGUCUUUGAAUCCUUCUUGACAUUCAACAAGCAUGUGCUCAAGACCAACUUUUACCAAUCUACCAAGGUCGCUCUUUCCUUCCGUAUGGAUCCUAGCUUCCUGCCUGAAAUUGAAUACCCCAAUCCUCUUUACGGUAUGUUCCUUGUUGUCGGUUCUGAGUUCCGUGGUUUCCAUCUUCGUUUCGGCGAUGUCGCUCGUGGUGGUAUUCGUAUCAUUCGCUCACGUAACAGAGAAGCCUACUCUAUUAACUUGCGUACCUUGUUUGACGAAAACUACAACUUGGCUGCUACCCAGCAACGCAAGAAUAAAGAUAUUCCUGAAGGUGGAUCUAAGGGUACCAUUCUUUUGGAUAUUGAUCAACAAGACAAACCUUUGGUUGCCUUUGAAAAGUAUGUUGACUCUGUCUUGGAUUUGUUGAUUGAUGGUGAGACUGUUGGUAUCAAGGACAAGUUGGUUGAUCGUGUUGGUAAGCCUGAAAUCUUGUUCUUUGGCCCUGAUGAAGGUACUGCCGAAUACAUGGACUGGGCCUCUCAACAUGCUCGCAGACGUGGUGCUAGCUUCUGGAAAGCUUUCACUACCGGUAAGUCACAAUCCCUUGGUGGUAUCCCUCACGAUACCUACGGUAUGACCACUCGCUCUGUUCAUCAAUAUGUCUUGGGCAUCUACCGUACAUUUGGUUUGGAGGAAGAAGAAUGCACUAAACUUCAAACUGGUGGUCCCGAUGGUGAUUUGGGAUCUAAUGAAAUCAAGAUUUCUAAGGACAAGACCAUUGCCAUUGUCGAUGGUUCUGGUGUUCUUUACGAUAGUGAAGGUAUCAACCGUGAAGAAUUGAGCCGUCUUGCCAACAGCCGUCUGAUGAUCAGCAACUUUGACACAAGCAAACUGUCUCCAUCUGGUUUCCGUGUUCUUGUCGAUGAAGAAAAUGUCACAUUACCUGAUGGUACCUUGGUCGAAAACGGCCUUUCAUUCAGAAACACUUUCCACACCAACCCUCUUGCUCAAGCUACCGUCUUUGUCCCAUGUGGUGGUCGUCCUGAAUCUGUUGGUCUUGACAAUGUUCACGCCUUGCUUCCUAAAGAUGGUGGUGCUCCUCUUUUCAAGUACAUUGUUGAAGGUGCCAAUCUUUUCUUCACUCAAGAAGCUCGUCUCCGUCUUGAAAAGGCCGGUAUUGUCAUCUUUAAGGAUGCCUCUGCCAACAAGGGUGGUGUCACAUCUUCUUCUCUUGAAGUCUUGGCUGCCUUGGCUUUCGAAGAUAAAGAAUUUGGAGAACACAUGUGUGUCAAGGACGGUGUUGUACCUGAAUUCUAUGAAGAAUACGUCAAAGAAGUACAAAACAUCAUUGAACGUAAUGCCGCUCUUGAAUUUGAAGCUCUCUGGCGUGAACACAAGCGUACCAAGACUCCUAUCUCUAUCCUUUCUGAUGAAUUGUCCAAUGCAAUCGUCCAACUUCAAGAACAAUUACAAAAGUCUGGUCUUUGGGAUAACGAAACUCUUCGUACGACCGUCUUGCAACGUGCUUUCCCCAAGUUACUCUUGGACAAGUUGGGCCUUGAAAAGUUGCUUGAACGUGUACCUGAAAGCUAUGUCAAGGCUAUCUUUGGUGCAUAUCUUGCCUCUCAAUUUGUAUACAAGUAUGGCCCUCAUCCUGACAACUUUGCAUUCUUUGAAUUCAUGCGUGAAAACUUUUAAUUUGUAUCAUAAUCUCAUCUCUUAAAAUAAUACCACAACUAUUCAUUAAAAAUAUACGUUGGCUUCAUUUAUUUAACAUCUUCAAUUAUGAUCUAAAUAAAAUAAACCCAAUUUAGAGCAUUC